AUGGGGAUGGUGACGCACGACUACUUUGACUACGUCAUGGGCUUCAUCCUCACGCUGAACGCGGUGCUCAUCGGCUUCCAAGUGGACUUGGCCGGCAAGGAGUCCAGCGACCCCUUCUGGUCGCGGAUGCUGGACGUGGUGUUCUGCAGCAUCUUUGUCAUGGAGCUCUUGCUUCGCGUCAGCGCGCAUGGGAAGAAGUUCCUGAGCAUGGAAGGGUACCAGUGGAACUUCUUCGACCUCUUCAUCGUGGGCUUCAGCGUGGCGGACGAGCUCACGAAGCUGGUGCUCAGCGACUCGGAGGUGCAGCAGGUCUUCGACAGCUUCGGGAUGCUCCGCCUCCUCCGACUUGGCCGCAUCGUGCGCCUGGUGCGCAUGGUGCGGCUCAUCCCUGCGCUGAAGUCCAUGGUCUACCUCAUCCUGGCGUCCUUGAAGAGCUUCCUGUGGACGGUGGUGCUGUUGAUCAUCCUGAUGUACUGCGUCGCGGUCUACUUCACAGAGCUCGCCUGGGAUUUGCAGCAUCGGCAUCCGCAAAAAGACCUUAGCUCCAUCAAGCAAACCUGGGGAUCCAUUGGCAACUCCAUCCUCUCGCUCUUCCAGGCGAUCACCGGAGGGGACGACUGGCACAACUUCAUUAUGAUCUUCGACGAGUUUUCCGGCGGGACGGCCAAUGUGAACACUCUCGUGUUCGCGCUGUUCAUCGCUUUUGCCACGCUCGUGAUGAUGAACCUGGUCACGGGCGUCUUUGUGGACGGUGCCCAGCGGAUCGCGCGGGAGGAAAAGAACCAGGACCUGUUGAAGCAUGUGCGGCGACUCCUUGCGCCGGAGCUGCGCGGCGCAGUGGCCGGCCGCACCACCGUCCGCACGACAUCAGCAGGACUUGGAGGAGAGGAGGGAGAUGGCAGUGAUCUGUUGACCUGGGCGGAGUUCUGCCGGAAGUUGGACACCGAAGAGAUGCGCGCCUACCUCACCGCCUUCGAGAUGGACUCGGGCCAGGCCAAGGACAUAUUCUACAUUCUGGACCAAGACCGUGUGGGCAAAGUGACCAUGCACGAGUUCUUCUCCGCCUGCGUCAACCUUCAUGGAACGCCAAGGUUGGCGGACACCGCAAUUCUGCGGCAUUUGGUCCAGAGAACCUUCGCUGACUUGGUGGAACACCUGGCGCGCUUGGAAUCCAUCCUGGAUGGAGGAUGCUUCGUGCCAGAUCCCUUCGGAAAACAGAGGAUGACGCCCAGUCUGGCAUCGCCGGCAUCUCCAGACUCCCCGCAGUCCACGCAUACAUCCCCGACCUUCUUCCCUGAUGAUGCGGACACAGCGGGCGACUGA